AGUAAAACAUCCCUAUGUAACCGCGGAGACUUUUUGACUGGUUUCAGAAGCGUAAAAGAGAAGGCGGCUGGAAGGCGAACGCGAGGGGUGGGGUGGAGACGAUCUAGAGUGACAAGCGCUCGCAAGACACCGCAGGAAAUGGACGCAAACUCACGCUCCUUGCAAAGGGAAGCAACCUGUUGAGGUUUUCUUUCACCAUCGCGCCUUGACGGCGAAGGCGGGAAGCGCGGGGAGGAGAGCGCUGCUGGCAUUUCCCCCUUUUUUCUUUUGGGGAGGGGGAAAAGCGGGUUACUCUGCACAGCCGGCUGCAGCAGUAGAUGCGAGGUUUAUUUUGUCUGAUCCGAGUUUGUUUUGACUGGGGGGAAAGGGGCCGCCGACAGGGAACUGGGCACGCAGGCGCGCCCGCCAGUCGCCUUUCAGGAGGGACCCGAGAGGAGCGAAGUUGUUUUUGUGCGGAGAGCGACUUCCUCGCCGUUCUGCUGACCGCCCACGGGUAGCUUUGCUGCCUCCGAGCCAGAGCACGCAGAGAUCAGGGCUGCUGCUGCUGCAGUUCGGGACUUGAACGGGCCGGGAGGGCGGCGGUAGCAUCCGGAGCCGUUUUCUCGACCCUGGGGAAGCCAUCCGAGCGGGCGAGUUCGCUUGCCGCCUGCCAGAGAGGACAGGCAAGGGAAAGACGAACGAGCCUCUCGGAGAAAGUUGCGCUUCGUCCGCUGAGCGCCGCACGUCGGAGCGACUGGCGAGAGGAGCCCAGGCGCUUGGGACUGGGGGCGCCAGGAUCUGUGGCGGCGGCGGCAGCAGCGGCGGGGCCUGGCGGGGGCUCCCCGUGGCCGAGCGCCUGGGGCCGUUCACCCGCGCGCCUAGCUUUGGAGAGGGCAGCCGCCGUGCGCUCCUGGGCACCUGGCCGGGUGCGCCCUCGGCAGCCGCGCGCGCCCUCCUCCUCGCCUCUCCACAGCCGCCUCCUCCCACCACCGCCGCCACCCCUAACGCCCGCUGUUGUGAUGCGUAUUCCCGUAGACCCCAGCACCAGCAGGCGCUUCACACCUCCCUCCACGGCCUUCCUCUGCGGUAAGAUGGGAGAGAACAGCGACGUCCUCAGCGCGCCGGCCCCAGGACCUCGAAGCCGGACAGAGGCGCGUUCCGUAGUGGAUGUUCUGGCGGAUCACCCGGGCGAACUGGUGAGGACCGACAGUCCCAACUUCUUGUGCUCCGUCCUGCCUUCCCACUGGCGAUGCAACAAGACGCUCCCCGUGGCCUUCAAGGUGGUAGCCCUCGGAGAUGUGCCUGAUGGCACUGUGGUUACCGUCAUGGCUGGUAAUGAUGAGAACUAUUCAGCCGAGCUCCGGAAUGCCUCUGCAGUCAUGAAGAAUCAAGUGGCUAGGUUUAACGACCUUCGCUUUGUCGGACGAAGUGGCCGAGGAAAAAGCUUUACGUUGACAAUUACGGUCUUCACAAACCCCACCCAGGUUGCUACAUAUCACCGUGCCAUUAAAGUGACCGUUGACGGACCUCGGGAGCCAAGAAGGCACAGGCAGAAGCUCGAAGAGCAAACAAAAUCCUUUGGGGAUCGUUUUGGGGAGUUGGAAAGGCUGCGGCACCCGAUGAGGAUCACUCCCGCCACCCCUAACCCCCGAGGAACCCUGAGUACUCCUGGGCACUAUGGGACUCAAACUCAGAGUCAGAUUCAAGGUACAUCUGAAUUGAGUCCUUUCUCUGAUCCACGCCAGUUUGACCGAUCCUUUCCUGCAUUACCGGGCCUCACCGAGACCAGGUUUUCAGACCCUAGAAUGCAUUACCCUGGUGCAAUGUCAGCAGCCUUCCCUUACACAGCUUCACCUUCCGCCACUGGAAUUGGCGGCAUCAGCAUGACCGGCGUGCCCGCCACCACUCGGUUUCACCAUACCUACCUUCCUCCGCCAUACCCCAGCUCCACCCAAAAUCAGAGUGGACAUUUCCAGACCAACCCUUCCCCUUACCACUUGUACUAUGGCACAUCCUCCGGGUCAUACCAGUUCUCCAUGGUAGCGGGUGGAGAGCGCUCACCAACAAGGAUGCUUCCCUCUUGCCCAAGUGCAUCAGCCGGAAACAGCUUGAUCAAUCCCAGCCUGGCCAAUCAGAACGACGGCGUAGAGGCGGAUGGUAGCCAUAGCAACUCGCCUACAGCUAUGACAACUACUGGGAGGAUGGAUGAAGCUGUCUGGAGACCAUACUGAAAAAGGACUAGGAAAUCAGGCACCUUUAGCUUUAACUGGAUUAAAAUGCCCAACAGUGCGGUAUGUUAGUUGGUCAUUUAAGAGGAGGUGAUAAUUAAAAGGAGCCACCGGUAACCCACCCCUUCCUGAUAUGCAUUGCAAAGUGAGAUUGCUCUUGUAGAAAAUAUAGGUUGUUAAUUCAGCAAAUAGAGACUGGAGAUAGGCUGAACUUUGUAUACAUUUCAAAACUAAACCCUUCCCACCCUACGCACAUCUCCCCAUGAGGUUGCCCCUGAUAAAUGUCGAUCGUGUCCAAAAUAUACAUAGGAAUGUAUAGAAGGGAAGUGCUCUCCUUUGUCGUGUUGUGGCAGAGUGUGAAAAGCUCUAAUCAAUCAUCUCAAAGGUCAUGAGAUUUUAAGAGUGAAUGAAUGAAUGAAUGAAUGAAUGAAUGAAUGAAUGAAUGAAUUUAGUUCUUCAGAUACUAUUGAAGGUCUCUGAAGCCAGGUUAACAUAAAUACAGCAAAGGAAUGCCAGCACGUUUUGCAUCCUAUACUCUGUUAACUACAGAGUGGUGGCCUUACCGGCAGACAGUGGGAUAUCAGGGAACUUCUCCUAUGCAAGUUUCAUUGAGCUGGACAUAACGUUGCUGAAUCUUUUAGUGGAGCUCUUUCAGGAAGGCAGGAAGACAUGAUUCUAGAGGAUUGUGACUGAGUUUAAUUUAAUGCUGGAAUGGGGUACUAGCUUCACAUCACCAAAAUGGUUUGAAGCGAUAUGGCCUGUCAGAUGCCACUCUCUAAAUAACCAGGUCCAGUUGGCGGGGAGGGGGUGAGGAGUUGUCCACGGAAGCAGGUGCUGUGCCCACCAGUGUGACCUAGCAGCAGUAAAAGAAGCUGGAAUGAUGCUGUCCAUCUCUUCAGGAGGAAGAUGCGGGCAGGGGUGUUGCAUUCAUGGCACAGGUCUCCAAGGCUAAUUUGCAUAGAAUGUGCAUGUGCUGCUUAUAUAUGCUCAGAGACAUAUUUAGGCCUCUGAGCAAAUUAACUUAGUGGAUGCCUAAGGUAUCAACAGCAAUGCAUUUUUGCAGCAUCCCAACUGGCUAGCCUGGAAGCAAAGACAUGUUUUUUUUAGGAGGGGAGCAGGGGGGUCUACUGCAAAAGCCCCAUGGCUCAGGCCCUCUGGGCCACCCCCUAACAAUGCUCCUGCUUGUGGGGCUGAGUCUAGUCCUUCCUCCCACAUGAAACAGCCAUGCAGUAUUCCAGCUUUCUUUACAAGCCUAUGCAUUCAUAACCCCAGUUGCCAUGUGUAUACUGUGCUCCAUCGGGGACAUAGGUCUAGGUCUCACGGAGGUAGUAAACCUGGGUUUCAGCUGUACUAGUGCUGCAGGGGACUUAUGAUGAGAUGCUUCAUCACUAAAAGCCAUUCCUAGGUAUAGAAAACCAACAUGUCAGGGAUAGGAGUGGGGCAAAUUUGAGAGAAUUUGCAUUUAAAAGCAACCUACUUAAUUCACACUUUCUGAAACAACCCGUCCUUCAAACUGCACACUUCUACAAGUUUUGCAAUGCAGUUCUCCAACCAAGUAGUGUACCAAAAAAAUGCAUAUACUGGGUAAGGUGUGUGUAAAAAGCCAUUUACUCAUGAAAGUAACAUACAAAAAAAAUGCUUUACAUUAGGUGAGCUUGCUUUGCAAAAUUGUGCAUAUUAGGCAAAACCGCAUACAAAACUGUGUAUACUAGGAAAAAUUUGCACUAAAAUGCUGAUGAUUUUUCAUAAAGGCUUUUUGAAAAAAAAAAUUCAAAUUGCUACAGAAAUGUGGAGAACUGAAGUUAAGAUUGGGAACAUGACAGAUUUGCCCAUCCCAAGUCAGGGAGAACCUGGCAGCUAAGGUCUGUUCACAAGAAAAGCCUUCCCCCUUCUACCCAAUGAACCCUUGAGCUGCCCCUCCUCUGGCACUGAUGUACUUAUUGGCCACACACCCCUCCAGCAGCCUUUACAAAAACUGAGGUCUUUAGUCUGAAAGAGCCCAAAACAUGUAGGGGUAUUCAGGAGCCCCGAUUAGAUCAGGCUUGCCAAUCACACAGAAGAGCCCUAUGUGCAUGCAUAUUACCACUUCAGACUUUGCAUGCAGAAUAACCUGGGUUUGAUUCCUGACAAUAACCAGCAGGGGUUAGAAAUCCUGGUGAGCCACUGUCAGUCAGCGUAGACUAGGAACGGAAAGAUCUGUCAAUUUCGAUUCUUUCCUUUUUUCAUUUUUCCAAUCUAACAUUCAGGUGCCCACAUUUCUGCGGCGAUUUGCCAAUUUACUUUUUUGGAAAAAAAUCAUCAUGAAACUUCUUCAGCAUUUUAAUGCAAAUUUCUUGUAAUCAACACGUUUGUGUACACAGUUUUGACUAAUGAACAGAUUUUUGCAAGCAAUUUCUCCUAAAGCAUUUUUGUAUGUUAUUUUUACCGAUAUAUUCAUUUUUUGUACAUACUUUCCCCUACUGUAUGCAUUUUUGUAAACAUUGCUUCAUUGGAGAACUGCAUGGCAAAAUUUAGAUGAGUGCAAAUUUCAAGGGAUGGCUGUGUUUUGGUUGUCAUUGUUUUGGAAAUUGCAAAUUUGAUAAAUUCAGCUUUAAAUGCAAACUGAAUUGAAUUUCUCUCCCAUGCCUAGAAGAGAGAGCACUAAGCUAAAAGGAUCAAAUGGUUUGACUUAGUAUUGGGGAUGGGUGAGCAAGUCAGUUCAGUUCACAUUUUAAUGCAAACCCACCUCAUUUAUAUUUCCCAAAACAAUACACAACAUGAAACGCAGCUGUCCUUCAAAAUCCACACUUCUCUGAAUUUUGUGGUGCAGGUUUUCCAAUAAAAAAAGAUGUACAAAAAUGAUAUAUUCAGGGAAAGUGUGCAUUAUGAAAAUUGCUUGCAAAAAUGUGUAUUGUAGGCAAAACUGCAUGCAGAAAUUAUAUAUAUGGAAGAACAAGCAGCAAAAUACCAGUGAAUAUUGGUGACAGUUUUUUUUAAACAAUAAUAGUAAAUUGCAAACAGAUGCAGAAUAGGGCAAACUGAAGAUUGGGAAAAAAAUAAAAGGCAAAGAGAAACGAAAAUGGACAAAUUAGUCCAUCCCUACUCUGUAUAGGGAAGCUUCCUGUGUCCUCAUGCCAGUCCGCAUGUCAUUGUCAGGGGCAAGGCUAGUGACUACACUCCUGUUCUGCCCUCCCACAUUCCCUGAACACUGUACAUAGGCUUUUCUUGUGAGCAUCCCUCUCCUUUUCUAUGUGGGUGGAAUUUUUUUGGUGUGGAAGAACAUUCAGUCCAUGGUAGCUGGUGCCCAUUGGGGCUGGUAGGGCGGAAUGGACCCAAUGGAGCAGACUCCACUGCAUUCAGUCGCUGAAGGCCCAACCUUCAGUCCAGGGAAGUUCAGCGGUAUGAUCCAGACACCAAUUUACCACCUCAGUGAGUACCAAGUUACGGGGAAAGGCUGUGGCGCAGUGAUAGAACAUCUGCUUUGCAUGCAGAAGGUCCUGGAUUUAAUCCCCACUGGCGUCCUCAGUUAGGCCUGGGAGACAGACUCCCUGUCCGGCAGCCUGAGGAGCUGCUGCGAGACACGGUAGUUCCAUGGUUCCCAAACCCUUUUCCCCCAUGGACCACUGAGGGUCUUGGCAGACCACUUAAGGGGGUUUCUGCCUGUUGUAGCAAUUGUAACGUGCUGUGCUAGAUGCUGCAUGAUUUUUAAUUGCAUUUUACUACUUAUUUCUCACAUAUUGUAUUUUAUUGCAUGCCAUAGAAUUCCAGUUGUAAUACAACAAAAUACAAUGUAAGAAAUAAAAGAAGCAAUAAAAUGCUAUUAAAAAUCAGCAUGAACAUUUAAUAUGAUGGAUGUGCCAUCUCCCAUCUUUAACUACAAAUCCACAGACACACCACAGACCACCUGAGUGAAGCUCACGGGCCACCGUUUGGGAACCCCUGGUGCAGGCAAUACUGAGCUCGAUGGAACCCAGUGGUAUAAGGCAGCUUCCUAGCAUUGGAGAUUUCAUGUGCAUCUAUGUGAUUUCAUGUGCAUCUAUGUGAGAACUCCUAUUUGGAGCUUAAACCAUCCCCAUUUAAACUCCUGGGGACAUAGCCCAGAUUCCAAAGAGUGUUGAUUUUAGGUAGGCAGGUAUUAGCCAUGUGAACAAGUACCAUAUUGCUGUUUUUAAAAGAAGUUGCAAAAUGAUGAUCCAUGUCUAGCAGGAUCAUUACACUUCAUAAUGGACCCUCCUUCCUCUGCACAUGCUAGACAUUACAUGAAACAAUGGUGUGGUGGUACAUUCUGCAAUGCAAGAGCCAAUCAUGACAGCUCCCAUAGCCACACCCUCAGGGAGAGUCCAAAUGCCUAUUUGAUUAGGAUCGGCAUGACUGCAGUUCUCUGCAGAGUUUCCUGGAAGUAAGCUACCUUGAAUUCAGUGGUGCUUAGAUUCAAUGUAUAAAACACACUGAGCUUCAACAAAAGAUCUUAGAACAAUGGAAAUGCACCUUUCGCUUUUUAUUAGAAGUGCAAAAAAUCUUGCAAAGUGUUAUGAUUUAAACUGCUAGCAUGAUGUAGAGACCCCAUCAAAGAAAAAGAAAGAAGUAUCUAGCCUCAGCUUGACUAUUUUCUUCAUUUUCUGAUUUCCUUUAUGCCAAGCUGUCAUAAAUAAACUUAAAUGUUUUAUUAUAACCUCAUUCACUUCCCAGAGCAAGUUGUGUCUAUUACUUAUCCUGAUGCUCUGGCUCAUGACAUCAUCACUCCUGCUCUGAAAAAAAACAUCUCAGAGGUGUAUUCCCUCUCACUACACCACUGAGUCCUCAAAUGGGAGGUAUCAUUAUGCAGCCUGAUCAAAGAAAAUCAAACACACACAACCAUUCCUUUGAUGAAAAGGAAGACACAGGAAGUAUGAUGGCUCCCCACUCUGGAUAAUGGUCAAUGUGCUGUGUGGUGUAUGUGUGCAAGGAAGAGAGAAAGGAGGAAGGAGGAUUCCACUGGGUUGCAUAAUCAUCCCUCAGUGCUCAUAUGAAACCAAAUUCUAUAUUGGUCACUACACAUUAACUUGGCUGAUCACACAUCUGACAAACCUAUUUUUGUGUGCUUGUAUCUGGCAUUUAAAAAACCCAAGAGCCCAAAAUUCUUCUUUUGGUGAGAGAUUGUUGUUCUUGUGGGUAACUGCUGGCUGCCUCUAAUAGAGUCUUGAAGGCUGUUCUCGAGACCAAAACCAAAAAUGUUCAGGACAAUCUAGUGUGUUCUUGAUGUGCACUUGUUAACCACACUAGAAAGUACACCCUCUGCCAGCCCAACCCUUUCAACUUUAUGACAGGUGUGAAGAAAAACAUCUGUUUCAUGCAAGUGGUCAAACAUAUUUGACCUGGGGGAUUUUUUAUUUUAUGUUUUUGCUUUGCACUAUGAUAUGCUUCUUUUUAAAAAAUGAAAUGCACAUUGCUUGUACAGUAAAAUCUUGUUUCAUACAUGGAAUAUUUAACUGUAAAAAAUUAAGCCUACUUUGGUCUUUAUUUGUUAUAAUAAUAUAAUUCUUUUAAAGAUGUUGCUGAAGGAUCUCAUUUCUUAGAACGUGUGUGUGGAAGGUUUUCCAUUUGUUUUAGAAUAAUUUGCUUAGAAGAUGAUUUUUUUAAAACCUGCAAUCUGUAGAUAUGCUGUGUUUAACAUGGCAGCGACUGGUUGGUUUUUUCUUUUCUUUUUUUUAAAAGGAGCUGAUUUUGAUUAUGAAUAUUUUUUAAAUGUUUAAUAAUAUUUAAAAGGUGAGGGUCUGCGCAGUUUUCCAGCCCUACUUGGUGGUAUCUCUGUUGUGAAAUGUAGCCUUCCCCAAACUUUUGUCUUUUACAUGUAGCACUUGUAAACUAUCUGGAUCACAGAUGCUGUUGCAAAAUUCAAUAGUACCAGUCUACAGUUGAGUAAAAACAUGGAAAGGUUUUUUGAAUGUUGGAGGACAAGCUUACAUCGCUGCCUCUUGCCCUGCCACCUAGGCAGCUCUGCUGUGGUGACUCUCUCUCUCUCCACAACAGCUAAAUGGAGUUCUUCCAUCUCUGCUUUCUGCAUCCACAACAGCAAACUGGCAUCUUGUUCCGUCAGCUUCAUCAUAUGGAUUCUUGGGAGUUCAGCUAGCCAUAGCAGAGUGGCUACAUUUCUCUUUCCUAGAAGAAAAAUAAAGGUCCAUGUUCUUUAUCAAAUAUUCAUGAUGAUGUUGCUAGGUGUUACCUGUAAUCAUUGGAAUGCCUUGCCAUGUGGAAUAAAUAA